CACUGGAGAUGAUGAGAGAGACCCUUGAUUUGGAAGCUAAGAAAAGGAACAACGAAGAGACCGUGGCAACUAUGAUGGCGAGGACUUUUGCUCAUCGACGGCAAGAAAUCAUACGUGAUGCCCCCCUGAUUGCAGUUGUCAAGAUGAGAUGGCCAGCUCUUUUCGACGUGCGAGAGUUGAGUGCUGAGUUCAAACGAAUCACGACUGUUGCUUUGCUGCCAAGAUUCUUCUCAGAGCUGGAUGCUCUCUCUGCUAAACUGCUCCAGGUCUUCAGCAGGAAAGGUGGAUCUCAGGCAAGAACGAUUCAGAGGGUCCUGGUGCCCAUGACUCAGACUGACAACAUUGACGUGAAGAGGGAGUGCAUCUUGAAGGCGCUGACGGUCUACCUGAAUGAAGAGCCGGACAAAGUGGUGAAAGAACAGCUGGACACGGAUGUUGAUGUAGACGGUCAAGCUGAAACAGGGAUGGUCUUCGGUGUGCGCGUGAUCCGCAAAGAAGGUGCAGAGGUUCAUGAAAGACCAGAGGAGGUUCUCAUUGUCUUGGAGGGGGUUGAAGUCCUCACUCAGCUUGGUAACGUACCAGUGGCCUAUGCCAUGCUGUUUGCUUUGAUGUAUGCACUCAAUCUCAGGUACCCUCCUGAAUGGAAGUACACUUUCGAAGCUUUGCAGAAGCUCAUCAUGGGGCUGGAUGGACAGAGAUUGUCCAAGAAACUACAGGUCCUCAAAACCCUUCUUGCACGUUAACUUUUUGUAGGAGGUGUGUGUGUGUAUGUAUGUGUAUGCUUGUUUAUCCAGAGGGUGUUCACCGUUUUGUUACCUUGGGUCUUGCUGGAGAGUAAUUAUACAACAUGCAAGUAGUGCAUUUUUUUAAGCACCUUUACUUUUCAAGUUUACUUUUGAAAUGUCUGAAUGCACUUAAAUUUGCACUUGAUGGGCACCCUCAUUGUGUUUUGCCCAGAAUUUUGCACUGAUAGACAUUCAACCAGUCAAAACUAGAAAAUAACUGAGUUUUUUGUCAGUGCCUUGAGGUUUUUAUUUUCUUCAAAGCCUUGAUGCUUUUAUUUUCUUUAAAACCUCGAUGCUUUUAUUUUCUUUAAAGCCUUGAUGCUUU